ACUUUCAACCCAAAACACUCUCAUUUUUAUACCAUUCUUUUAUAAAAAAAAUAUCUUUUCAUCCACAAUGACAUCUAAUUCUUGGUGGUCCUCAUCUUCUUCGGAGAAAGAGGAGAUGUUUUACGCAAACGCUGUGGUAAAGGCGGCGCAGAUUCUUAUGGAGGAGGAAGAGGAAGACGUCUCGUCUGAAAGCGUUAUUACCAGACGAAUACGGAUUAACAGAGACCGCCAAGGAGCGCACGAGAAAUUGGUGAACGAUUAUUUUUCGGAUGCACCCCUUUACAAUGCCGACAUUUUCAGACGAGGGUUCCGAAUGAGUCGCCGGUUAUUCACACGGAUUGCUGAUGAUUUGGCGGGGCUAGACCUGUUUUUCAACAGGAUUUGGUAGAACAUAUAUGGAACAAUGCAAACG